CCCUCAUAUAUCCCUUAAGGUACCUGACGGCUCCAAACCGGUGACGUCAACCUUUCCCACCUCUCGGGUCUCGUUCCCCAGACUCUUCCGGCCCCUCUUCAUCUGGGAGUGCGGCUUCCUGCCGCCGCUUCCUCCUCUGCGCUGAGAAAACGCGUAGUGGUCACCCCAGGGGCCCCUGCUGCCUAUGGCCUCUUAACCACACAGCACCAUGGGAGUGUCCAUAAGGAGAGCUUUACCUCCUUGAGGAUUAGAGCCCAACAGUACUGAGCUAUUUGUCUGUCAAAAUGUCUGCAAAAUUGGGAAAGUCAUCAUCACUCCUAACACAAACUUCAGAGGAGUGUAAUGGGAUUCUGACAGUGAAGAUGGAAGAGGAAGAACAGACCUGUGAUCUGGACUCUAAACUCCACUGGAACAGCAGCUACAGCCCAGAGACCUUCUGCCAGCAGUUCAGGCAGUUUGGCUACCAGGAUUCACCUCGGCCCCGGGAGGCUCUGAGCUGGCUCCGGGAACUUUGUCAUCUCUGGCUGAGGCCGGAGGUGCACACCAAGGAGCAGAUCCUGGAGCUGCUGGUGCUGGAGCAGUUGGCCAUCCUCCCAAAAGAGCUACAGGCCUGGGUGCAGAAGCAUCAUCCAGAGAAUGGAGAGGAAGCUAUGACUAUGCUGGAGGAUGUGGAGAGAGAGCUUGAUGGACCAGAGCAGGUUUUUUUUGGACAAAGGAAGGACAUGAUUGCAGAGAAGCUAGCACCUUCAGAAAUCACUGAGGAAUUGCCAAGUAGCCAGCUCAUGCCCAUGAAGAAGUAGCUCCAGGGAGCAUCAUGGGAGCUUCAGUCCUUAAGACCGCAUGAUGAAGACAUCAAAACUACAAAUGUGAAAUCCGCAGCAAGGCAGAAGACUUCUUUAGGCAAAGAACUGCAUUGCGAUGUCUCUAACAUCCUUUAUAUCAGUGCCUCCCAGAGUUCCACAUAUAGAGCAACCUGUGAACAGGAUGGUAGGCUUGAAAGGAGACAAGGAAACCCUUCUCGGAAAAAACAACACAAAUGUGAUGAAUGUGGCAAAAUCUUUAGUCAGAGCUCAGCCCUUUUUUUACAUCAGAGAAUCCACAGUGGAGAGAAACCUUAUGCAUGUGACGAGUGUGCAAAGGCAUUCAGCCGAAGCAUGAUUCUGAUUCAGCAUCAACGAACCCAUACUGAUUCAGACUAUGAACAUAGGAUUGCAGAGGCCCAAAAUAAUAUGUACUUCAAGACUAGGCUGAAGUGUCCCAGGUCACUUUCAGGAGGCAGAUAAAUAAAGGGCCUUAAUCUCUUAUGAAAGCACACAAGAGCCCUCCAUACUACUGAUAUCAAGUUAAUUUCCUAUGUUGGAAAAAAAUAAUCUCCUUUGCAAUGUAACUUGGAAAUAAGUCAAUGGAAAGAUGAAAAUGACUGCAUGUCUACAAGGAGUCAGCUAAACAAGGAAUGUUUUCAUAACAAUAUUAUUCUGUGGGUGCUUCUGUAAUUAAGAUGACGAUCAUCUUAAUAUAAAGAAAAAAGUGAGAUGAACGAAAUUGUCAAAUGAGAGAUGUACCACAAGUGUUGGCAAGUACAGUGUGUGAUGGAGAAAUGUACCACAGCUUAACUAGUGGAAGCCCUUAACUGCUAAUGACAGUGCUUCAAUGUCCCUUUUUCUGGCACAAAUCAGCUAUGAAUAUGUUUCAAGCAUCACAAGACAACCUUUUCAUAGUCGUCUGCAUUCUUAGUAAGAUGAGUUUCUAGACAUGCUGUCAUGAAAUGAGACCCUGGUUUUGAUGCUCUUGUACAUAUGGACAAAUCACUGAAGUUCAAUGUAAAGGGUCCACUGCAGUCCCUUAUAAACAAUUGUUGAACCUAACCAUUAUAGUUUAUAAGUUUUAAGACAUUUAUGGGAUAUCUUAUUUGGCUUAUCUAUGGGAUAUGAGUAGCUAUAAGUUUUACCUGUGUUUAAUUCAGCCAGAUUCCCUGUUGAAAAAUAAAAUUACUGAAUCAUACAUUAUUAAAAUUAUUCUGACAGUAUACAAACAUAAUUAUCUCUUUUCCAGAGAUUCUUGAUAAAACUCUGUAAUGUUACUAUAAUAAUACAUGUAUUGUGUUUUCCACGGUGUUACAGUUACCCAAUAUGGAGGCAAACAUCAGAAAUCAAAGUCCUUGGAAUAAGGGAAAAGACUCAUAGUCAACUUCUUUGUCUGGUUGGGUUCCUCAUAAAGUGUAAAACAUUUCAUUCUCGGAAAAUCCAACCAUAUCUUCUGGAGUAUCUCCAGAAAUUGGCUUAGAGGAGCUCCAAAUAUGUGGAAUUACCACACUCUACUUAGUUACCAUGCUGAUAAAUAUAAGAUUAGUAGAAGGAGAAGUGCGUGUACAUUUUAUUAUAGAAUUUUCUGGUAGUGAUUAUGAUUUGUAGCUCUAGUGAAUAUGAAUUUUAUAUUGAGUUGUGUGUAUUUUGAGUCACUAAAAAUGUAGGAUGCUUUUUAUUUGGGGCUCAUUCUCUUUGUAAUUACGGAGAGGAACAAACCAUCUGUUGAAACAACAAAUGCCUCAGAGAUGUGUAUAUUGUGAAUUACUGCUUAAAUACGGAAAGAGUUUCUUAGGUUCUGUGUGAAUAAGAUGGCAGAAUCUAAAUCAAGUAUUUUGAAGGAAGCACCUAUCUUCACUUGGUGCUGCUGUCAACUUUGUAAGGUUGCAUUCUCUUUAUUGUGAAUAAUAUGAAUGUCGUCACCAGAAAGUGGCAUGAAUCAUAUCAUCUAUGAUGAAUCUUUAAAGAGUGUUUCUGUGUACUUUGAAUUUCGCAGUUAUGUAGGUAUCCUAGUGAGUGAAUGGUACUAGUUUAUAUAAAAGGAGAAUUAGUUGAGCUAACCUUGGUUUUAAAAAUUUGCAUUUUAUUAGCAUUUAUUAUUAACCAUUAUAUUGAUUAAUUUUCAGGGAUAGUAAAUACUCCAAAAUGAAAUUGGUAUUGUUUUAGUGGCUGUCACUUUAUCUGGGCCUUCAAGGUUACCAAUAAUCCUUUGUGGUUUGUUUGUUUUUGGUUUUGUCUUUGUUUACCACUCCCAUUCUCUUCAGAGACCAAGUCAAAUGUUCAUCACUGUCCUUACAACAGUGGCUUAACACAACAAGCCUUUCUGUGUUAGGAAUGCUUCUGGAUGCAAAAUCCAUCUUUAGUGGUUUAAACAAAUAGGAAUUUUCAACCCAAAAUCUGGAAGGUGGGUUGCUGGCUCUCAGUCAGCGGCUGGAAUGAUGACUGGUCUAGCUUUACCUCAUGCUAUUUUGUCCGAUUUUCGAGAGAGCUGUCACAGCUCUAGGAACUGGGAUUAAGUCAGGAAGAAAGGACAAAGACAGUCAUGUUAAGCAAAAAGCUUUCCAAAAACCCUAUCAAAAUCUUGCUUGUGUUUCAUUGUUACAAGUGUGUCUGGUAGGGCAAGCAUUUUCAACCUCUAGAGGGAAAGCAGGGCAGAUGGGGGUUGAGGACAACAUUGGGUUAGCCAACCGUGUUUG